GUGUUCACAGGACGUCUACAUUACUGUUUAGGCUACAUCAACUGGAAAGUCUGCACAUGUCUGUGGUAGUGAACGCACAACAGGUAUCUUUAACAGCCUGCAUUUCUAAUGACUGUAUGGCACAGGAACCAACCACCUGUUGCAGCCAAACAAAAUCAUCCCAGGUCUUGAAGCAACAUCAUAAAACACAGUUAAGGAUGCUGUCACACAGAUGGCAGAGGCUUGGUCUUCAGCCUCCAAUCCUCUGGGACACACAAGAACACAUUUCUGAACAUAGCCCUGAGGUAGAAACCAGACCAGCACUUGAAAUUCACCCCAUACAGGUCAGCUGCAUUGUUUCUUCAAGGGACGAAGGACCAGAUGAGAUCAAGAUAAUCAGCGCUUCCCACUGUAGGAGUUGCAGUAAUGAUCCUCUUGAAUCAAAUGCAUCAAAACAACCCUCCAGCCAGGUGUCAGUUGAGUCUGAAAACAGUGACCUCUCUGAUCAAGAGAAAGACAAUAUCGCUGUUCUAAAAUGGGAAACUCCAUUAGAAUUGAACUUGAGGCCGGACUCAUUUGAUAGAGAUCUAGAAUCUACAGAGACUGGAGAAGGAGAACAAGUGUAUCCUGAGGUUCUCCCUUUUCCCCUCAAAGAUCUCGACUUUAGUCAGUCGCUAUCCAGAGCGGAUGAUUUGGAGAGCCAGCACAACGUUUGUUUAACCGACCCUUGUCUUGCCGCUAUGGCGGCACGCAUGAUAAAGAUGGAGAAACUUCAGACUGCGACUAUACAGAAAGAACAAGGAAAGGCAGUCAGAUCUCGUCCAGCAACUGCUUUGGUACGAAGCGACAAUCGUCUGAGACAGGUGGAAAGCACUUGUUCUCAGGCAGAACACUUGAGGACUAAAGGCAGUAAUUCAAUUUUAAAAGAAGUAACAAAACUCACACUUUCAAGCUCUCAUUUAAAGUCUAUGCAUCGUAAUCGUCCCUCGCCAAAUGCUGGGAAGGUGUGGAUUAGAUUUCAGCAACCACCGGCUUUACCCAAGAAGCCACACUCUGGUGUGGUCAAAUUAAAGAAGACUGAAGCCCUUGUUCAUGAUCGUAAUGUUCAUUCGAGUAUGUCACCAAAAUGCAAUAGUCCAAAUAGCUUCAAGAGAUGCAAACCCACAAAGAAAGGCAUGCCAAAGCCUCAGAAGACUUCCUCUGAAUAGACUAGUGUUCCUGUUAAAGCUCCUUGUUGGAAGACAUGAUAUAAUUAUCUUGAAAGGGUUUUAAGCUUGAAGACUGACAGUGUGUUAUUAACUGUGCAUGUCACUGUAUUUAAUGUUCCAAAUUCAAUACAAGUUAAGCUCCAUCAACAACAUUUGUGGCAUGCUGUCAGUUACCACAGAAAAAUAACCUUGAAUUU